AUGGAAGGCUUAUUUGUUAGCCCCAUUUUAGAGGGACCGAAAUCGCGUGCUUUGGCUUAUGUCGAAACUCUUCAUUCGAGCAACCAUAUCGGUCAAUCUUUGCUGCCCCAGUCUGCUUCACCCCCAGCGGAUGGUACCAAUAUGUCGUCGGAAGAGUUGAGCGAUUCCUCUAGUCCCCCGAUCGGUUUCAAAACUGCUACUGCUACUGCAUCUGUCGCUUCUGUUGGAGCUGUUGAUGUUCAUAGCUCGCAGAGUAGCGCCACUGACUCGGGUCUUGCUUCAAUCUGUCCGUCUAUUGGUGGCAACAGCCCCUUGGUUGUACUGACUGACCGUCGGGCCCGCGGAGUCCGUCGAGGCAGUCAGGCCAGCUCGGGCUUCCAGACCUCAUUGACGGACAAUCUGGCCACAAUCGCCGUCACUUCGGCCUCCAAAGAUACCACCACUAGCACCAACAUUGUCGUGGAUCCGAGUAGACAGUCUGUCCGACAGUUGGAGGCAGCCUCGAAGCUGUCACCAACUCGUAUGGCGACAGUCGUCACGGAUACAUCAUCCGCUGCCCCCGUGUUCACGGUACGCAGUCGGACCAAAGCUAAUCCACUGUCUGAAGGCUAUGAGCGGCAUCCAUCACACGACUCUGAUAUGGUCGGUCUGGGGGCUUCCAAAACGCUCACUACUCCACACGAUGAGAUGCCAGUGGUUCAGAAGCGGAUCGGCUCGAUUCGAUCAAGAUCACAUAUCGGCUGA